UUCUCAGGUGAUCUGGGUGUGCAACUUGUGCCGGAAGCAGCAGGUGAAAGUCGUCAGGCCACAGCAGAGGUCACCCAGGUUGGACCAUGAGCCCAGUGCCGUGGGCGUGGCCUUGAGCGCCCUGGUCAUGUGCGGCCACACGGCGGCGCUCUCCAGGUCACACGUUCGCUUCACGGAGCGCCACGGCCCAGCCGACCCCUCGCGUGUGAGCAUGAGCACCUGCCGCUCCCCCAGCAAGCCCCCCUGGGACAGGAGGACAACGCACUCAGUCCCGCUACAGAAUGGAAAGGGAGGCCUUGCUGGUGAUGAGCACCAGGGGCGGAGCCUCCACAAAGUGCACUCCAAGGACCACGCCCACUGUCAGGGGGAGGAGUUACCACAGGGGACACGGUGCCACCGGGCCUGCCCCCCAAAAGCCACGCAGCUGGAAAAGAAGGAAACGAAGGCGCCCAGCAUCCGAAGGGGGCGCCGACACGGCCACUCAGCCGGAGGCGAGGUAGACUGCGCCAAGGAGGCAGGGGUCGCGCUCGCUCUGGCGAGCAGUGGAGCGGGUGACCGGGAAAGGACCGCGGGAGCUCCUGAAGAAAACCGCCCGAGCACACCCCCCUGCCCGACACCAUUCCCCUUCAGGGAGCUGCAGGACCGCGGCACGCGGCAGCACGGCAGCUCCUUCUUGGGCGAGCGUACGAGGACCGCAAGGGCCGACAGCAACCUGCUUGGUGUCAAUCGUUUGGAGGCGCUGCCUUCGCCAUGCCUCUGCAGGAGGAAACGGAACGCGGGCAGAACGCCGGUGUCCGCCGGCAGCUCGGAGGAAGAGGAGGAGGUGUUCCGCAGCAGUGAGGAAGGAGACCCGGAGACGGUCGGGGAGAGAGGCUCCUGGAGGAAGUGUCACCUGGACACUGCUGCGUGGCCGCCCCCUGUGUUGUGGCAGCCGUCCAAGGAAGGCGACCGUUUAAUCGGACGGAUCACUCUGAGCAAAGGGACGCCGGUGUCAGAGACUGGGGGACAGCUGGGGCUGAAGGUUGUCGGGGGGAAGGUCACGGACACAGGGGAGCUGGGGGCUUUCAUCACCAAGGUGAAGAGAGGAAGCCUUGCUGACGUAGUGGGACACCUACAGGCAGGUGAUGAGGUGCUGCUCUGGAAUGGCAAGUCCUUGCCAGGAUCGACAAAGAAGGAGGUCUACAACAUCAUUCUGGAAUCCAAAAUGGAUCCCCAAGUGGAAAUUGUGGUUUCGAGGUCCAUCAGGAUGUGCAGAACAUACGAAGAUGCGCCGAGGGUUCCGGAGGUGUCGCGUGCUCCGUCAGAGUCCCGGUCCGCUUCGCUUGAGUCCCCAGCACGGGAGCGCCUCUCUCAGCCCCCCAGGUCCUUCGCUAGCAACGGGACGCGGAGAGACCCCCCCCAGCUGUCCGUGAAGCUGUGCUACGACAACAUCGGUCAUCAGCUCGUCGUCAACGUGCUCCAGGCCUCGGACCUGCCGGCGCGGCCAGACGGACGCCCGAGGAACCCCUACGUGAAAAUGUACCUGCUGCCUGACCGCAGUGACAAGAGCAAGCGCAGGAGCAAAACGGUGAAGAAGAGUUUGGCCCCCAGGUGGAACCAGACCUUCCUGUACAGCCAGGUGCAGCACAGGGACCUGCGAGAGCGAACCCUCGAGCUGAGCGUGUGGGACCAGCCACGCGCGCAGGAGGAGGAGAGUCACCCGCUGGGGGAGGUGCUCAUUGAGCUGGAGUUGGCACCACUGGAUGACAGAGCGCACUGGUAUGAGCUGCAGGUGCAUGAUGGGUCCACACCCACAGCCCACCCUCCCAGGGGUGAAGACAGCUACUCUGGAGACAAGGACAUGUCCAGCAUGCUGUCAUCACCUGAGCGGCAGAGAGCUACGCUGCAGCAGAUCGACCAGGGCAGGGGCCCCUGGCGCCCUAUCAGUGGGGCCCCCCACAGUGUGGAGACGCGUCGGAACUCCACCAGGUACAGCAGCACGCUUCCUCCCAAGAUGCCCCUCCUGGUCAACGGCAUCCACAAGGACAUAUACAGCUCCACCCUCCCUGCAUGCCUGCCGACACGGUCGCGCCUGAGGCUCCCCCGCAGCGGCCCGGCUCGGCACCUGGACCGGGACGCGGACGAGGUCGGCUCCAGGGCCCGGAGCUCAAGCACCAGCUGUCUGGCCCCAGAUGAGGGAUUUCCCUCCCCUGAGCAGCAAAGGUGGACUCGGUCGCUACCACGCAGACAGCCUGCAAGCCCCAAAAUGGUGAUGGAGACCGGUCCCCCCAAAGAUGACAGUGUCUCGAGGAUCCAGCCAACCUCCAUACUCAGAGGCAACAGAAGGGCGGCGCCCCUGCGUCCAAUCGGCCAGGCUUCUCUUGGAGGAUCCGCCCCCUGCUCGCCUCGUCCGGACAGAGGUGCAGUGCGCAACAGCCCCUGUACCCCCCCAGACAUGGAGAAACCUCCAGCAGGUCGCAGAGUGAGGCAACUUCCGCAGGUCCCUGUGAAAGGAAGCUGUACAGAGGAAGUGGCUGAGGACCGCUCUCGGCAGAGGCCCACGAAAGCCAGUUCCUACCAGUCCCCAAGCGCCAGCAAUACCGCACCCAGCCAGCAGAGGGAGCUGAAGGGCAAGCGACAGCUCUACGGCGGGCACAGCAGCGGGAGCGUGUCGGACAGCGAGCUCAGCGAUGCGUCAGCCACGUCCCGCCGCAGCAGCGCCUCGCACAUCAGCAGCGGCAGUUACGCCUCGGUGCAGUCGGAGCAGCCGCGGGGUCGAGCCAGGUCCAAGUCUCUGGAGAGCUGCAAGGGGGUGGAGCGCAGAGAGAGGAGGAUAUCGUGGGGGGUGGUCGACUGGGAGGAGACGCAGGGCGAGAGGCGCAGGAGCCUCUCCGGCGACUCCAGGAGGAGGCACUCUGUUGCGGGGGACCUCAGCCGCUCUCCGAGCCGCAGCCUGCUCAAGAGCACCAGCGUUAGCGGUGAAAUCUACGCCCUGGAACAUGGCGACGGCAGCCAGUCGGACCCGGCGCCGAGCAAGAGGGCCAAGCAGCGGCGGGCCAGCCUGGGGGCACGAGUGGCGGCGGUGGUGUCGCGCAGCAGGAGCACAUCGCAGCUCCACCAGGCAGAGGCCAACAGGAAGCCGAGGGGUCCGAUCCAGCGGAGCCAAGAAACAGGCGUGGCUGCGGAGUUCCUCCGGCAGCCCGGUCGUGAGUGCGCCGAAGGCGCCAUGAACAGCUACAGCUCCGAGGGCAACCUCCUCUUCUUAGGCACCCAAGUGGGGGCGGACGGCCAGUUCAGUGACUUCCUGGACGGCCUCGGACCGGCGCAGCUGGUUGGCAGACAGACCCUGGCCACGCCUGCCAUGGGUGACAUCCAGAUGGGGCUGCUGGGCAAGAAGACGCAGCUGGAGGUGGAGGUGAUCCGAGCCCGAGGCCUCACACCCAAACCGGGGUCCAGAUCCCUCCCAGCACCGUACGUGAAGGUCUACCUGCUGGACAACGGCAUCUGCAGGGCCAAGAAGAAAACCAAGUGUGCGCGGAAAACGCUGGACCCCCUCUACCAGCAGGUGCUGCUCUUCGAGGAGGGCGCCCACGGCAAGAUGCUGCAGGUCAUAGUGUGGGGAGACUACGGGCGAAUGGACCACAAGUGCUUCAUGGGAGUCGCCCAGAUCCUUUUGGAGGAGCUGGACCUGUCGAGCACUGUGAUCGGCUGGUACAAGCUGUUUCCCGCCUCCUCUCUGGUGGACCCCACGCUCGCGCCGCUGUCUCGACGGGCCUCCCAGCUUUCGCUCGACGUUUCGCCGGGGCUCUCGGGGGUUCGCUCUUAGGGAAGGUGCCUGGGCUGGGCUUUGAGAGCAGAGCCCCGACAUCUCCGCGUGCACCUGCCCUUCGUGCUGUCGCUCCGUUCUCACUUUCUGACACAUGGUUGUUUGGGUCGCACGAACCAUUCCGACCCCUCCGCUGACCCUCAGCGGUCAGACGUCAGGUGGUCUCACUUGCUCUGCUCGCUCUCUUCCAACAGAGACGGGAGGUUUGUGACGAUUUUAGUGAAUUUUUCUCAUUUACUUUGUGUUUCCCAGUAGAAGCCGUGUUGCGCUGCAGCUGUAGUCCCACGAUGAACACGGCUGUGUGUGUGUGUGUGUGUGUGUGUGUGUGUGUGUGUGGAGGUAGGUAUGUACAAACCCAGACUCGCUGUGUCAGCAUGAUGACUGAUGUCUGUCGGCGUGUGUGAUGAGCACAUGGCACACACUUGUAGACACGCCCCGAUGGACACGGGGGAGGGAGGCCAUGGGGUUCGCACCCUGGGCCGUAGUUGGCCUCACCCCCGCACCCCCCAUCCCAGCCCAAUCCUCUCCCACCACAAACAAUGACCAGAUGCCGCAGGGACCGCGACUCAUGUGAAUAGAGUAGAAAGCACCUCUCCUGUGCAGCACAACCGGAGGAAGUACCAUCGCUGUUACUGUUUACCAUGUCUGGAAUGUGUCCUAUGGUAAAAACACACAUGUUCACCGCAGUGUUUAUCGUUUGUACCAAAUGUUCUUCAAAUGAGCUGUAUGUUUUAUAUGGAACAGUUUGUUUUUAUUAUUUUACAAAUAAA